UUUCAGCUAAAACUAAUAAGAGCCACACAAAGAGGGUGAGACUUGAGACUUUGAGAGAGUCCAAAGUGGGAGAGAGAGAAAAAAAGAUGGAAGGAAUAGGAAUGCAAAUGGUGGUGCCAGUAGCAGCCAUAGUAGCAGUUGCUGCAGUCACCUUUUAUGCUGUUAGCUUUGCUGAACUUCGAGAGAAAUCAUUCAGAGAAUACGAAGACAAGGAAGAGGAUAAUGGAAUGGGAUUUCAGUCCUCUAUGAGCUCCCGAGAGCGACGUGCCCAAAGAAAAGCGAGCAAGAAAUCCAACAAUUGAGCUUCAUCAACGCUGCUGCUCCUUUACUUAGAGUGGAAUUCCCAGAAGCAUGUACGAUACUCUCUGUUUUAGGCUUUAGCUUUCGCAAUCUGAUUUACAAUAUAUGCAAAUUGUCAACCAGUACGAUACCAUAUUGGUAUCAAAACAUGAUAUUUUACAGAGAUAUGGAGCACAAUUUUCGUCGCAGACAACUAUCUGCAAAUCUGCAAUCAUCAACACUUAUA